AUGGCGAGAAUAGGCCCUCCGACCACCACUAUCAUCGACCAUUCCUUCUGCUCCUCGCGCUCUUUCGCGACGCUCGACGCGUCAGCAGCCCAGCGGCCGCUUGGUCCAUUCACGGGCGCGCAACAGAUCGUGCCGCAGGUCCGAUCCCCAGACGGAGACGACAGCGCGAUAUUGUCGAUGGUAUCGGUAGAUCACGUGACGCUGCACUCGGAGACUUUCGCAGGGAAGGCCGGGGAAGCUGAGGAGCUGUAUUCUCCAGAAGGCUGUGCGAUUCCUUCCAAAAAAUUCAAACUAUGGACGGCCGAAGACCGUGUUGACUCAGCGGCCGCGGUGGGGGCUUUGCUGCUUCUUUCAAGGCCGCACGUAGCAGGGUUAUCUGGCGAUCGAUCUGUGCCUUCCAUCGAUGAAGACUGCCUGGUAUCGCAGCCGUCCUUAUCGCAUCUGCUGAAGCCGCAGCUCGACGCUGCUUCGCCAACGCUCGCCGCAUCCUCAGCGAUUGAUAUCGAGCGGGAUUACAGCUUCUGCAGCUUCGGACGGCGGCAGACGUGGCGGUUCGAAGCAGGAUUCCCCGACGAGGAAACGGCGGAAGCGGGUGAAGCGGUUGCAAACAGUAAUGGCCCAUUCUCAUUCGACGUUGAUAAUGUUGAUGCUGAUGAAGACGAUUGUGACGAUGCAGCGGAAAGCGGCGCGGAUUGCCAAUCGUGGCGGCUGGAUGUCGAUUUGUCUCUGCAGUGCACGAGGGGACGCCUCUGGGGAUGCUCUGACGUGAUUGGCUCUAUCGAUUUUGAUGAAUCGGGUAACUAUUUCGCCACUGGUGGCAUCUCGCGAAAGAUUCGCGUGUAUUCGAUAUCGUCGCUCCGUUCGAUCAAGGAGCGGAAGCUGGAGGGUUGGCGGGAAAGGUGGGGGCGACAGAGCUGUGAAAUCAUUUCUGACAUGUCAGCGAUAUCGGCGGGAUCAGGAAUGGCGGAUUCGUCGGGCGACGCGGAGUUUUACAACUACGGGCUAUCCUGCGCCGGGUCGCGUCGAGGAAAGCGGCGCGCUGCGUCGACAAGCGAUUUCCGACCGUACGCCGAAGCUUCGGACCGAGAUGAUGCGGAUGAGGAGGAAGCCUGCAUACUCGACACGGACCAAUCAGCGUCCAAGAUACUCUGUUGCGCUGCGAAAUUAAGUUCCGUGAUGUGGGUUCCCGGGUCUAGUGGCAUUAUAGGCGCGGGUGACUAUGACGGGGUCUUUGCGGAGUGGGACAUCGAGAAGGGGCUUUGCGUUUCAGAGAGGGAGGAGCAUGAGGGACAGCGCAUCUGGUCCGUCGAUUAUUCCCAAUGGAUGGGAUCCAACGGCAAGCCGAUGUCCGUUUCAGCGUCGGACAACGGAGCGGUAUGUCUCUGGUCGGCAGACUCUGAAGACAGCGUGGGAAUGAUUCGAUUGGCUUCCGGCAAGCGUGCGAUCUGCACUGCGAAAUUCGGUCCGGCCAAGGGUGGCGAGAAUCUUCUCGCAUUGGCCGGAGCUGAUUCGAAAGUGUAUUUGUACGACCUUCGGAAUCUCCAGGAGCCGAUUCUUUCGCUCGCAGGGCACCAACGCACCGUGAGCUACGUGCGAUUCAUGGGCCCAGGCUCCCUGGUUUCCUCAUCCGUCGAUUCUACCGUCAAGCUGUGGGACGUCACGGGUUCGAAUCCCAGCAACGACGUUUCUGCAUCAACCGGCUCCUCCAGCCGGAUACCUAACGCUGCUACUGUAAGUGCGACCAGCAACCGUUCUUAUCUUCCUGUCGCAGGAGUCUCUAAUUACCUGCGUGCGAGCUGCGACGACCAUCUUAACGUGCGUAACUUCGUCGGGCUGUCCGUCAGAGAGCUAGACGGCGGUUCAAGCUUUUGCCGUGGCGGGACUACCAGAUGCGGCAAGGGGACAUCAGGUUCGGCGGGUCGUUCGGGGCUCAUCGCAACAGGCUCGGAGAGCAACGAGCUGGUGAUUUACCAUGUGGACUCCAAAUCCCGCUGCAGUUGUGCCUUGAAGUUUGACUUCGGCUUCGCUAAGCCGCCCGGAAACCAUGGGAGUUCUGAUACCAAGGGACGGUCUAGGACUCCUACUCUGGGAAUGACUGGGAGAGAGAGCAGUAGCGGGGGAGAGAUGAGGGGAAGCGGAAGCGGUAGCGGAGGUGGCGGGGGAAACGUCUUUGUGAGCGCCGUUGGCUGGCAGCAGCGCGCAGAUAGUGACCUGCUUGCUGCAGCCAAUUCCCAAGGGGUAGUUAGGAUUCUUCAGACCCAGUGUGUAUAG